AUGUCCGCCGCCGCCUCGUCGUCGGCCGCGCCGGCGCCGCUGCCGCACCGCCCGACAAAGACGGUGCUCGUGCUCGGCGCCUCGUACGCCGGCCACCGCGCCAUCCAGAUGCUGCUGGCCCAGCUGCCGGCGGACUGGCGCGUCGUCGUGCUCGAGCGCAACACGCACGCCAACCAUCUCUACGCCUUCCCGCGCGUCGCCGUUGUCAAAGGCCACGAGGAGAAGGUCUUCAUUCCCUACAGCAAGAUGUUCUCGCCCGGCGGCGUCGACUCGCCCGGCAGCCACGCGCUGCUGCACGGCUGCCUCAUCUCCCUCGCACCCACGACGCCGCCGCCCAACUCGACGCGCCCGCGCUACGGUCGUGGCAUCGCGCGCUACCUGCCGCUCACCGGCGGCUCGACGUGCUGCCGCUCGCCCACGGCCGCCGCCGAGAUGAUGGAGGUGCGCUUCGACUACCUCGUCUACGCCCUCGGCUCGCACCUGCCGCCGUGCAUCAACGUGUGGAGCGGGCCGGGCCCGAUGCCUGCGCAGCAGGGCUCCGAGCUCAUGCGUCCGGGUCGCUGCUGUCGCGAGCAGCCGCCGGCCGACAGCCGCGAGUCAGCCGAAAGCCGCGCCCUGCCGCUGCGACGCGGCCGUGCCAGCGCCUGCCAAGCUCUGCCGACGCCGCCUGAGGCCGCCGAUGCCACAGAGACGACGGCGCAGGGCAAUGCGAGCGUCGCCGACAUCGCCACGCAGCUGCAGGAGAGCCUGGUGCUCGACCCGCACCUGCCGUACGACGAGCGCCCGCCGUCGCCGCCCGACUCGCGCUCCACGUCGCCGCGCCAGAAGGAGGCGUCUGGCACGCCGACGGCCAACCUGCCGCCGUGCCGCGGCAGCAAGACGGAGGGCGUGGCGUGGCUGCGCGACGCUCAGGAGCGCAUCUGCAAGGCCGCCUCGGUGCUUGUCAUCGGCGGCGGUGCGCUCGGCGUGCAGUUCGCCGCCGACAUUGCCGCGCUCUACGGCACACCCUCGGCGCCCAAGAGCGACACGCCCAAGCAGGUCACGCUCGUCUCGUCGAGCAAGAAGCUGCUGCCGCGCUUCGACGACUAUCUGCACGAGGAGACGAUGCGCCGCUUCGAGGCGCUCGGCGUUGAUGUGCUGCUCGGCGCGCGCGCAGACCUCGAGAGCAUGAAGAUCACCAGCGACGAGCGACGUGUCGUGCGCACGCUCGAUGGCCGCGAGGCUGCAGCGGACCUUGUGCUGUUCUGCACGGGUCAGCGUCCGAACACGUCCUUCCUCUCCACCUUUGCCUCCAGCCACGGCCUCGACUCGGUGCUCUGCGACCGCAGCCACAUGGCGCGCGUCAACCGGCAUCUGCAGCUCGGCGUGCACACGCCCGGCUCGGACGAGGAGCCGCAGGUGGCGCCGGGCAUGGAGCACGUCUUUGUCAUCGGCGACGCCGCGGACGCGUUUGGCGCGCUCAACGCCGGCCACACGGCUUGGACGCAGGCUGAGGUGGCCGUGCGCAACAUCUGCGCACUCGUCGAGCGCGAGCGCGCUGACGACGCUGAGGCUGCGGCGAAGGAGCUUGCGCGCUACACGGCGCCGGAGCCGAACAUCAAGGUCACUGUUGGUCUGGACUGCGCCGUCUUCCAGUCCUCCGGCAAGGUCGGCGUCAAGGGCCCCGAGGAGUGCCCGCUCGACCUCAACGCGCCGUCCAUGUGGACCCGGCGCGGCCUCAGCCAGGACGACAUGAGCGUCUGA